AAUUGCUAUGAACCAUGGCCCAACUGUACUACAAAAAGGUCAACUACUCACCAUACAGAGACCGCAUCCCCUUGCAAAUCGUGAGGGCUGAGACGGAGCUCUCUGCAGAGGAGAAGGCCUUCCUCAACGCUGUGGAGAAGGGGGACUACGCCACUGUGAAGCAGGCCCUACAAGAGGCGGAGAUCUACUACAAUGUCAACAUCAACUGCAUGGAUCCAUUGGGCCGGAGCGCCCUGCUCAUUGCCAUUGAGAACGAGAACUUGGAGAUCAUGGAGCUACUGCUGAACCAUAGCGUAUAUGUAGGCGAUGCAUUGCUCUACGCCAUCCGCAAGGAAGUAGUGGGUGCUGUGGAGCUUCUGCUCAGCUACAGGCGGCCCAGUGGAGAGAAGCAGGUCCCCACUCUGAUGAUGGACACCCAGUUCUCCGAGUUCACACCAGACAUCACUCCCAUCAUGCUGGCUGCCCACACCAACAACUACGAAAUCAUCAAAUUGCUUGUCCAAAAACGGGUCACUAUCCCACGGCCCCACCAGAUCCGCUGCAACUGUGUGGAGUGUGUGUCCAGUUCAGAGGUAGACAGCCUGCGCCACUCCCGCUCCCGACUGAACAUCUAUAAAGCUCUGGCAAGCCCCUCACUCAUUGCCUUAUCAAGUGAGGACCCCAUCCUAACUGCCUUCCGCCUGGGCUGGGAGCUCAAGGAACUCAGCAAGGUGGAGAAUGAGUUCAAGGCCGAGUAUGAGGAGCUCUCCCAGCAAUGCAAGCUCUUUGCCAAAGACCUGCUGGACCAAGCUCGGAGCUCCCGGGAAUUGGAGAUCAUCCUCAACCAUAGAGAUGACCACAGUGAAGAGCUUGACCCUCAGAAGUACCAUGACCUGGCCAAGCUGAAGGUGGCAAUCAAAUACCACCAGAAAGAGUUUGUUGCUCAGCCCAAUUGCCAACAGUUGCUUGCCACUCUGUGGUAUGACGGCUUCCCUGGAUGGCGACGGAAACACUGGGUAGUCAAGCUUCUGACCUGCAUGACCAUUGGGUUCCUGUUUCCCAUGCUGUCUAUAGCUUAUCUGAUCUCACCCAGGAGCAACCUUGGGCUGUUCAUCAAGAAACCCUUUAUCAAGUUUAUCUGCCACACAGCGUCAUAUCUGACUUUCCUCUUCAUGCUUCUCCUGGCUUCUCAGCACAUCGUCAGGACAGACCUCCAUGUGCAGGGCCCUCCUCCAACUGUCGUGGAAUGGAUGAUAUUGCCAUGGGUUCUUGGUUUCAUUUGGGGGGAGAUUAAGGAAAUGUGGGAUGGUGGAUUUACUGAAUACAUCCAUGACUGGUGGAACCUGAUGGAUUUUGCAAUGAACUCACUCUACCUGGCAACUAUUUCCUUGAAGAUUGUGGCUUAUGUCAAGUAUAAUGGUUCUCGUCCAAGGGAAGAAUGGGAAAUGUGGCACCCGACUCUGAUUGCAGAGGCACUCUUUGCAAUAUCCAACAUUUUAAGUUCGCUGCGUCUCAUAUCCCUGUUCACAGCCAACUCCCACUUAGGGCCUCUGCAGAUCUCUUUGGGGCGCAUGCUGCUUGAUAUCCUCAAAUUCCUCUUUAUCUACUGCCUGGUACUGCUGGCUUUUGCCAAUGGAUUGAACCAGCUUUACUUUUAUUAUGAGACCAGAGCCAUCGAUGAGCCGAAUAACUGCAAGGGGAUCCGAUGUGAGAAACAGAACAAUGCCUUCUCCACGCUCUUUGAAACCCUUCAGUCACUCUUCUGGUCUGUGUUUGGCCUUUUAAAUCUUUAUGUCACCAACGUGAAAGCGAGACACGAGUUCACAGAGUUUGUGGGAGCCACCAUGUUUGGGACGUACAAUGUCAUCUCUCUGGUAGUGCUGCUGAACAUGCUGAUCGCCAUGAUGAACAACUCCUACCAGCUUAUUGCUGAUCAUGCCGAUAUUGAGUGGAAAUUUGCAAGGACAAAACUCUGGAUGAGUUACUUUGAUGAAGGUGGCACCUUGCCACCUCCUUUCAACAUCAUCCCCAGCCCCAAGUCAUUUCUAUACCUUGGUAACUGGUUCAACAACACCUUCUGCCCCAAAAGAGACCCUGAUGGUAGACGGAGAAGGCACAACUUGAGAAGCUUCACAGAACGCCAUGCUGACAGCCUGAUACAAAAUCAACAUUACCAGGAAGUUAUCAGGAAUUUAGUCAAAAGAUAUGUGGCUGCUAUGAUAAGAAAUUCCAAAACAAAUGAGGGGCUAACAGAAGAAAAUUUUAAGGAAUUAAAGCAGGACAUCUCCAGCUUUCGAUAUGAAGUGCUUGACCUUUUAGGAAAUAGGAAGCACCCAAGGAGAAGCUUUUCCACUAGCAGCACUGAACUCUCUCAGAGGGACGAUACCAACGAUGGCAGUGGUGGGGCUCGGGCCAAAUCCAAGAGUGUCUCUUUCAAUUUAGGCUGCAAGAAAAAGGUCUGCCAUGGGCCACCUCUCGUCAGAACCAUGCCAAGAGCCAGUGGUGCCCAAGGGAAGUCAAAAGCUGAGUCAUCAAGCAAACGCUCUUUCACGGGUCCGUCUCUCAAGAAACUGGGGCUCCUAUUCUCCAAGUUUAAUGGUCAUAUGUCUGAACCCAACUCACAGCCAAUGUACACAAUUUCUGAUGGAAUCGUUCAGCAGCACUAUAUGUGGCAGGACAUCAGAUAUUCUCAGAUGGAGAAAGGGAAAGCAGAGGCCUGUUCUCAAAGUGAAAUUAACCUCAGUGAGGUAGAAUUAGGUGAAGCCAGGGGCGAUGCUCAGAGCAGUGAAUGCCCUCUAGCCUGUUCCAGCUCUCUUCACUGUGCAUCCAGCAUCUGCUCCUCAAAUUCUAAACUUUUAGACUCCUCAGAGGAUGUGUUUGAAACUUGGGGAGAGGCUUGUGACCUGCUCAUGCACAAAUGGGGUGAUGGACAGGAAGAACAAGUUACAACUCGGCUCUAAGUCAAGCCCCUAUCACCUGUUCUGGAACUCAGCAGACAAUUUGUAAUUUCUUUGCUCUCAGAGGUGACAUAGGAUAUGAUUCUCUCACUGCCCCCCCUAGAAAGGAGAGUGAAACUCCUAUUAUUUUCACCGUCUUUUAUAGCCACAUUCUCCAUUUUUUGGUCUUGUUUUUAUUACUAUUAUUUGCCUUUUUAUACCUAUAAACACUAAGUCCAUUUCACAACCAACUGAAGGGGCAUUUGCCCUAAUCAGCAGAGGUGCAGUCGGGUGCUUAACCCCUUGGCUUUGC